AUCACCAAGUCUCUCUCUGCCCUGUCAAUGUCACAUCACCACUCAGCAUCUCCUAUAAAUAAACAUUUUAGUCUACUUAACACAACCAGUUCUCCACCAACUUCGACUUAUAUUUCAAGCAUUGCACGCACAGUCUUUCACAUAUUAGUCAGAUAAUUAGCUUUAAUGGAGAGGCAAAGAAGUUUCUCUUUCAAAUCCACCAGAUUCUUAGUAUUUUCUUUAACAAUUUCUUCUUCUUUAAUCUUCUUAACACUCAUCUCUACCUGGGUCAUUAAAUCUACUCCUUCCAUUCCCGAAGAAACCCAUUUUCACUUGAACCAACUCGCCCUUAAUCGAAGUCCGAAACCUUUAACUUUAGAGACAUUGACGGGCUUCAGUAAAAAUUUCUCAUCCCAAAUAUUCUUAAUCGAUUCUCUAAAUAAACCUGAAAAUUCUUCAUCGUUUGCACCACCGCCGGACGAAGCUUACAAAGGUGAUGGUCUAGAUGAUAACAAUGUUUCAACUAUAGGUCAAAAGAGUGCACCCGCGGCCGCUCCUUCGCUCGAGGAAGUUGAAGUUCAAAGCAAUGAGGGGAUUGAAGAGAAGAAGAUUGAAGCGGCUUCAACUGAGAAAAAUGAGCCUCCUAGCGAUGAGCAGAUAGAACAGAAGAAGAUUAAAGCUCCGUCAGUUGAGGAAAUUGAAGUUAGGGCAGCUUCGGCAGAAAAAAUUGAAGUGACAGGUGAUAAACGGAUUGAAGAGAAGAGGUUAAGAAGCUGUGAUAUUACAAAAGGGAGGUGGCUUUACGACGAGAGCUAUCCUUUGUACACAAAUGCCUCAUGCCCUCUUAUAGAUGAAGGUUUCAAUUGUAUGAGCAAUGGAAGGGUGGAUAAAGAUUACAUGAAGUGGAAAUGGCAGCCUCAAGAUUGUGACAUCCCAAGGUUCAAUGCCACCAAAAUGCUGGACUUGAUUCGAGGGAAAAGGCUGAUUUUUGUGGGAGAUUCACUAAAUAGGAAUCAAUGGGAAUCUAUGCUGUGUUUGUUAAUGGGAGCUAUUAAAGAUCCAAGGAAGGUCUAUGAGACCCGUGGACGAAGAAUCACCAAAGAGAAGGGAGAUUAUAGUUUUAGAUUUGUGGAUUAUAAAUGCACCGUUGAAUAUUAUGCGAGCCAUUUCUUAGUUCAUGAGGGCAAGGCAAGAGUAGGGCAGAAGAGGGUGCAAACCUUGAGAAUUGAUUCUAUUGAUCGUGGCUCAUCAAGAUGGAGAGGAGCUGAUAUCUUGAUUUUCAACACUGCACAUUGGUGGACACAUUACAAAACAAGAGCUGGGAUUAACUAUUACCAGGAAGGGAAUCUAGUCCAUCCCCAGCUCGAUGUUUCUACAGCCUUUAGAAGAGCAUUGACGACUUGGGCAUCUUGGGUUGAUAAACGCAUCAAUCCAAGGAAAACCAGAGUUUUCUUUCGCAAUUCCGCACCUUCACAUUUCAGCGGAGGUCAAUGGAAUUCGGGUGGUCACUGUAGGGAAGCUACUCAACCACUUAAUGAAACUUCAAGCUUUAUCUACCCUGAGAAGAAUGUAAUGGUAGAGACGGUCAUAAAGCAGAUGAGAACACCUGUAACAAUCUUGAAUAUAACCAGACUGUCUGAGUACCGGAUAGAUGGCCAUCCAUCAAUGUAUGGUGCAAAACCAGGGGGUCACUACUCUUCCAACAUUCAGGAUUGUAGCCAUUGGUGUCUUCCAGGUGUACCUGAUACAUGGAAUGAAUUGUUGUACUUUGAUUUGCUUUCCAAGCAGGAAGAUAAUCUUCUAUGAAACUAGUUUGUGCUCGGAAGCCAUAUAUUCUUUCAAUGUUUUAUGCCUAUUGAUAUUGUAGGCAGAAUGUAAAUUAUAAUCGUCCAGGUUUUUUCCAUAGAAAAGGUAAAUCAAAAUUGUCUCAC